AUGUGUGGUAUUUAUAGAGAAUCAGUGAGAACGCUCUGUUUACUGAUAGGAAUAAGUGCUGUUGUAAGAUCUCAGAUAAGUAUCACCCCUGGUGUAACACUACCUAAUUUUGGUUCACCACCAACAUAUUCAAACGAACUAGAAACUGAUUUGAGAGAUUGGUUGUUUAAAUCGUACCAUGUAAGGCAAAGACCAAAAGAGUUCAGCAUCGUGAGGAUAGCGCUGAAUCUCCUCUCACUGAAUUAUUUAACCUGGUUCGACACUAGAUUGGUGUGGAUAAAUAACAGCACAUAUGACAACAUAAACUUUCUGUUUAGCGAUGAAAAGAGUGUUUGGAAGCCACCUAUUAUCGUUGAAAAUUCUGUGGAUGACAUUGACGUCAUAUCAAGACCUAAUGUUCCGAUGAGGAUUAGUGCCAAUGGGAAAAUACUCUGGGUACCAGCUGGAAUAUUUACAACUCAUUGUGAAAGUCAUGUGACGUACUGGCCUCUUGAUACGCAGACAUGUGACGUAAUUCUUAGCUCAUGGUCCUACACAGUCAAUGAAGUUGCACUUGACUUUGAACUCCUGCAUUCAAAAAUUCUGACGUCAUUUUAUCAAGAAAAUGGAGAGUGGGAACUAAUAAGCAAGGAACACACUUCUCGCGAGACUCGAAGAGAAUCCGAGAGUUUCAGUCGACUGAUCUUCACAUUGACAUUUCGUCGCCGACCUCUUUUUCAUAUGUUGAACACACUUUUCCCCGUAGUGCUUAUGGGCUUUCUGACAGUGGCUGUAUUCAAAUUAAGUCCGGAGUCCGGAGAGAGGGUUGGUCUGGCACUUACUAUAUUACUAGCAUACGCCGUGUAUCUUAGCGUAAUGGCUGAGAGCAUCCCACAAACCUCUUUGUCUGCAAGCUUGCUUUCUUCUUACAUAGCGUCUAUCCUAUUCCUGCAAACGUUGGCGGUACUCCUAACAGUGUUUUAUCUUGAUACAUAUUUCACACCAGAAGAUAAACCUGUUCCAAAAUGGCUGCAGUCAGUUACGUCAUCAUUUUUGUCGAAGCUCGCGUGUGUGGAUUGUCAUACGACAACGAUGAAAGUUUCUCCGGAUAUGACGGAAGUCAGUGGAGAUAAGAGAGAUGUUUCAAUUGAAGAUUACAAAGAAGACAAGAAAGAAGUGUGGGUAAACGAAGUUGAUGAAGAAAAUUCUUGGAAUAUUGCAUAA